AUGUCGCAUCAGCAGCCUACCAUCGUCCCAUCAUCGGGAGUAUCAGACUCUCUUUCUGAUAACGGAAGUCUCAAUGGGAAAAGCAAAGACGAAAACGAUGGAUAUCCAAGCGACCCGGUGCCUCCGACCGCACCAGCCCUGGCUGCUCAGCAAGGGCAGCGCAUGGAAGCGGCAAUGGGAGAUGCGAUCCUACGAUUUCUGCGGAUAAGAAAGCCUCGAAGAAACGAUAUCUACGAUCUUGAUGCGGUCGCGACGCAGCCGAGUAUCUGGGACUCGCCCGACAUCGAACGAUACAAAGAACUGUAUAUCCACCCGCAGUGGGAGAACUGGUUGGCCUUUGAUCCUAACUUUCGUUGGACUUGGCGUGAAGAGAAUGCUGUCCGACACAAGGUUGACUGGAAGAUCAUGGUUUGGAUGUGCAUCAUGUUUGCGGCGUUGAACAUUGACAGGAACAACAUUCAAAACGCUGUAUCGGAUAACAUGCUUGAUGACUUGGGCAUUACACACGCCGACUACAAUAUUGGACAAACCAUUUCUCGAGUCGGCUUCCUUGUUGCUGAGUUGCCAUCGCAGCUGAUCUCAAAGCGAAUUGGACCAGAUAUGUGGAUUCCCAUCCAGCUUUGUAUCUUCAGUCUUAUCUCAGCAAUGCAGUUCUUCCUGAAGGGCCGCGCAUCAUUCCUUGCUACAAGAUAUCUCAUUGCAACAUUCCAAGGCGGCUUCAUUCCCGACACGAUUCUCUACCUCAGCUACUGGUAUACUGGCACAAGACUCCCAAUACGACUGGCUUGGUUCUGGAUGUCUUCGCAGCUCGUCGAUAUCGGAGUUGGAUUUGCCGCUGUCGGUAUGCUCUCCAUGCGUGGAAUGCUUGGAUAUGAAGGUUGGAGAUGGCUCUUCCUCAUCGAAGGAGCGUUUACUUUCCUUAUCGGCGUUGCAUCCUUCUUCCUGAUGCCUCAAUCACCAGCUAGAACGAAGAGUUGGUGGAAUCCGAAGGGCUACUUCACGGAGCACGAACAGAAGAUCAUUGUCAACUCGGUUAUUCGCGAUGACCCUCAAAAGGGAGGUAUGUACAACCGACAAGGUCUAUCCGUCCGCCAAAUCUGGGAAUGCACCAAGGAUUACGAUAUGUGGCCACUCUACGCUCUCGGCCUUCUCUUCGGCCUACCAAAGUACCCCGUCAACCAAUACCUCACGUUAUCCUUCCGUGGACUGGGCUUCAACGUCAUCGAGACCAACCUUCUGUCCAUACCAUAUAUCGUCGGCUCUUGCACCACGAUGCUUGCCAUCACAGCGUUCAGUGAACUCGUCAACAACCGGAGCUUUGUCUCGAUGGCGGAGGAUGCUUGGUUGCUUCCAUGCUUCGUGGCACUGAUUGCGUUGCCUGACCCGAUCGGGCCUUGGGCUUACUUUGCCAUCUCAACUGUGCUUCUGUCUUUUCCAUACACUCAUCCCAUCCAAGUCGCAUGGACGAGCAGGAAUGCGGGGUCGGUGCAAAACAGAACAGUCUCAGCAUCACUUUACAAUAUGUGGGUUCAGGUCAGUGGAAUGAUUGGAGCAAACAUCUAUCAGCCAAGCGACUCGCCACGAUACUCCAAAGCCAAUACAGGUCUACUCGUCAUUUGUGUAUGGAUGUGUCUCAUUCAAUAUCCCGGGACCUUCUUUUAUUAUAGGUGGAGGAACAACCAGAAGGCCAAGAAAUGGGACGCCAUGACCCCAGAGGAGCAACAUCAUUACAGGACUACAACGACCGAUAAGGGCAACAAGCGACUCGACUUUCGUUUCGCGACUUAG